CAUAACCACACAAAGACUCCGUUUGUAGCUAAGGGAAGAAGAGUCAUGGCAUCCAUAGUCUCAUCAGCCGCAGUGACCUCCGUCAACAGAGCCUCACCGGCUCAGGCCACCGUGGUCGCCCCAUAUGUUGGCCUCAAGUCCACCGCUUCCUUUCCAGGGACCCGCCGGCUCAGCAAUGACAUUACCUCGUUGGCCAACAAUGGUUACAGAGCUCAGUGCAUGCAGGUGUGGCCUCCACUUGGAAAGAAGAAGUUCGAAACUCUCUCAUACCUUCCGGAUCUCUCCCCAGAACAAUUGGCUAGGGAAGUCGACUACCUUCUCCGCUCGAAAUGGGUUCCUUGCUUGGAAUUUGAGUUGGAGAAGGGAUGGGUUUAUCGUGAGAACAGCAGGACCCCAGGAUACUACGAUGGCCGCUACUGGACCAUGUGGAAGCUCCCCAUGUUUGGGUGCACUGAUUCAUCCCAGGUGUUGAAGGAGGUGGAGGAAUGCAAGAAGGCAUACCCACAAGCAUUCGUCCGUAUCAUCGGAUUCGACAACGUUCGUCAAGUCCAGUGCAUCAGUUUCAUUGCCUCCAAGCCCAAGGGCUUCUAAAUUCCAUGCUUUUGUUUGUUGUUGGGUUCAUCUUCCAUUUCAGAAUUUUUGUUCUUCCUGUUUGAUGCUAAUCAAGUAUGGACAUUGUUCUGGAUUGAAAUAAAAUUUGUGUUUUCAUUGUGAAUGAAUUCUGUAUUAACUG